AUGGUAAACGAAGAACUAACACAAGAGCAAUUAGAAACCUUUCAUAGAGAGGGUGUCUUAUGCAUUCCCAACUUUUUAACGACUGAACAAGUGCAACAAUUGGUUGAUAGAUCGCACACCCUUUUGAAUGACUUUAAUUUGAAAGACCACCCAAAGACACAAUUCAAGACCAGUGAUAACGAUCACAUUGGAGAUCAAUACUUUUUUGAUUCAUCGAAUAAUAUUUCGUUUUUUUUUGACGUGGAUGCAUUUGAUAAGGACACCGGUGAAUUGCGGUUCCCUAAAGAUAAGGCCAUUAAUAAAGUUGGGCAUGGAUUGCAUAUGAAAGAUGAAGUUUUUCAUAAAAUCACAUUCGAUAAUAAGGUGAAAGCUGUUGCAAGGUCGUUGGAAUACUCGGAUCCGAGAGUAUUGCAAAGUAUGUGCAUUUUCAAACAACCCCAAAUAGGUGGUAAUGAUGCUAGGGAGAACUCGGUGCCUUCCCAUACUGACGGAACAUUCUUAUACACGGAACCCCAAUCGGCAGUAGGAUUUUGGUUUGCUUUGGAAGAGUGCACCGAAAAAAACGGGUGCUUAGCAUACAACCCAGGGUCCCAUAAGAGAUUUCCUAUUACCAAACGGUUUGCCAAAAUCAACGGAGGCAAAAACGGAUGCAACUUCAUUCCUGUUGAUUACGAUACAUCAAAACAAUACCCAGAAGACUCUCCAGACGACUACAAGCUAGUAGAAUGCCCUGCUGGGUCGUUGGUACUUAUCCACAACUCUGUUUUACACAAAUCAGAGAAAAAUAUGUCGACUAAAUCAAGAUAUGCAUACACAUUUCACGUAAUCGAAGGAACUGCCAAGUACGACAAUUUAAACUGGUUACAAGUUCCUCCGUCGGAAGAAGGUGGGACUGAAUUCAGUAAACUCUAUGAAGAAUAG